CGCGGCGCGUGCAGCGGUUCGUUUUCUCUCGCAAACUGACGACCUGCGACUGGCCGGCUCCGACAGACAGAGGCAGAGAGGGGGAUGAUUUUAUUUAUGACCGGGCUAAAUAUAGUUAUCGCUCUCUUUAUUUGGUGUUUUCUGCAGCAGCAGGGCAUUUUGGAAGGAAGCCGGUGUAUGUGUGUGUGUUGUGUGUGUGUGUGUGUCUGUGACCAUGCGGGGAUGAAGAAGUGCUACUGCUGAGUUUUGUUAUUUGGUGAUUCUCCGGGGCAGUGCUGCUGCUGCUGCUGCUGUCAUGGCUCUCUGGGAGUGACAUGGAAGCUUUUUUGGGUGGGGGGGGGUGAUUUUACCUGCUUGAAUAUUCCAGUCGAGAAUCAGACUCCUUAGACGCUGCAGUCUUAUCUGAUUUUAGUUUAUUUUUUAAACAAUCUGGGUGAUUUUUCUUCUUCUUCUGACUGGAGGUUCGGUUGAAUUGAUAGUGGACUGUCAAGAGGCUGCAGACUCGGGAGAGUGUGGAGAUGAACUUUGGAAAUCUACUAAUUGUGACUGUCUCAUUCAUCACCAUCGCAUCCGGGUCCAGGGCACGGUUUGAAGACGGCGCACCUCGGAUUGCGGAGGACCCCUCGGAUUUGAUCGUCUCCAAGGGGGAGCCUGCCACCCUCAACUGCAAGGCCGAGGGCAGACCCCCUCCCAGCAUCGAGUGGUAUAAGGACGGCGAGCGAGUGGAGACGGACAAAGAUGACCCCCGGUCUCACCGCAUGCUGCUGCCCAGCGGCUCGCUCUUCUUCCUCCGCAUCGUGCACGGCCGCCGCAGCAAACCAGACGAGGGCGUCUACACCUGUGUGGCCCGCAACUACCUGGGAGAGGCCAUUAGUCGUAACGCUUCACUGGAUGUUGCCAUCCUGAGAGAUGAUUUCCGGCAGGCCCCGAGCGACGUGGUGGUGGCUGCCGGUGAGCCAGCGGUGAUGGAGUGUGUGCCUCCGCGUGGUCACCCUGAGCCCACCGUGUCCUGGAAACGCAACAAUGCCCGAGUCAGCACCAAGGAUGACCGCAUCUCUGUCCGUGGGGGUAAACUGACGAUCUCUCAAACCAGGAAGAGCGACGCCGGCAUGUAUGUGUGUGUGGGCACUAAUAUGGUUGGAGAGAGGGACAGCGAUCCUGCUGAGUUGGUGGUAUACGAGCGCCCUGUGUUGGUGCGGAGGCCGGUGAACCAGGUGGUCAUGGAGGAAGACACCGUUGACUUCCUGUGUGAAGUCCAUGGAGACCCCGCCCCCACUGUCCGAUGGCGGCGAGAGGAAGGGGAGCUCCCCCGCGGGAGGUUUGAAAUCCGCAACGGCAACAGCCUCCAUUUGUUCCGUGUGAAAGAGGAAGAUGAAGGGACGUAUACCUGCACAUCGGAGAACAGUGUGGGCAAGACGGAGGCCUCUGCCAUGCUGCAGGUCCACGUGCCACCUCAGAUUGCCACGAAGCCCCGAGACCAGAUUGCCAGCCAAGGGAGGAGCGUCACCUUCCAAUGCGGCACCACAGGAAACCCUCCACCUGCCAUCUUCUGGCAGAAGGAGGGCAGCCAGAUGUUGCUGUUCCCCGGCCAGCCACCACUACAGUCUGGUCGUUACUCUGUCUCCAUGAGUGGAGAACUGACCAUCACUGAUGUCCACCCCGAGGACUCUGGUUUCUACAUCUGCCAGGCCAUCAGUGUGGCAGGAAGUGUGUUGACCAAGGCUCUGCUGGAGGUGGAGGGAGGUCCUUCAGGUCGUGUCCCACCUAUUAUUCUCCAAGGUCCGGCCAAUCAGACGGUGUCUCGGGGUGCAAUGGUGCGGCUGCACUGUUGCGUAAAUGGAGGGCACUCAGUCAAGAUUUCAUGGGAGAAGGAUGGAGAGAGUCUUCUGGGAAACAAACCUCGACUGGUCUUGAUGGAAAAUGGCACGUUGCAAAUCACAGACAUAAAGGACGCAGACUCGGGGAUGUACACGUGCGAGGUAUCCAGCGCCACGGGGGAGUCGAGCUGGAGCGGGAUGUUGACUGUCAGAGAAGAUGGAGUUUCCUCUGGAUCCAGAGCUUCUGAGUUCAUCCAGCUUCCGGGGCCUCCGCAGAAGCCGUUAGUGACGGAGGUGACCAAAAACACCGUCACCCUCACGUGGCAGUCCAACCCUCACGAGGGGGGGGCCGCUGUCACCUCCUACAUCAUCGAGGCCUUCAGCCAAUCAGUGGGCAGCACCUGGCAAACGGUGGCGGACCAGGUGAAGCAGGAGAGGCACACGGUUGUGGAACUCUUCCCCAACACCGUUUAUCUCUUCAUCGUCAGAGCGGUCAACUCUUAUGGCCUCAGUGACCCCAGCCCGAUCUCUGAGCCCGUCAGGACGCAGGACGGCAGUCCGACCGACCCGGCCGUGGACCACAGACAGGUGCAGAGAGAGUUAGGAGAGGUGUCUGUCUACCUGCAGAAGCCUGUGGUUCUCUCUCCUACCAGCGCCAGGAUUUCUUGGACUGUCGCCCUUCAAUCUCGCUACGUUCAGGGUUAUCGAAUAUUUUACCGGACUAUCGGCAGCUCCUGGUUAUUCCAGGAUGUGAAGGCCACAUCUGAUCACAGCAUCAUUUUAGUAGAUCUGUACAGCAGUACACAGUACGAGGUCAAGAUACGACCUUACUUCAAUGAGUUGCAGGGACAUGACGGCCUGAUGGUUCUUCUGCGCAUGCCAGAGGAAGUGUUGAGUGCACCACCACAGGCUGUUUCAGUGGUUCAGCUCACCAACAGCUCCAGUAUCAGCGUGUCCUGGGAGCCUCCGCCUCAUAAUACUCAGAGCGGCCUCAUUCGAGAAUACAAGAUCUGGUGUCUGGGCAGCAGCAUGGAGCCGGAAAACCAGAUCAACCGAACGGUGGAUGGAGCCGUUCUGUCCAUCCUGCUGACGGGCCUGUUGCCCGGCGUCCGCUACGCCGUGGUGGUAACAGCUGUCACCGGUCUGGGUGUGGGCGCUCAAAGCCCGCCUGUCAGCCUGCUCCUCACUUUCCCUCUGGGCAAGCCGCCGGUGAAGAAAGGCGGUCACCUCAGCAUAUCGGAGCAGAUCACGAGCGUCGUCUGGCAGCCGGCCUUCAUCGCAGGUCUCGGUGUGGCGGCGUGGUUGUUGCUGAUGGGCUUCAGCGGUUGGCUUUACUGCCGACACCGCAGGAGGAAGCAGCUGGGACACUACACCACGUCCUUCGCGUACACACCAGCAGCUGGUUUUGCUCACAGUGAAGGAUCUGGAAUCAUCAAUGGGGGGCCUGGCUUGUUAGGAUCCAACAUGGGCAAUUACCCCUGGCUGGCUGACUCUUGGCCAAAUCCACACCUCACUCAUAGCAGCAAAGACUCUGGCAAACUGGACCCAGACAGAUAUUAUAACACAGUCGGCAUCAUGAACUACCCGAACCAGUCCGAGAAGCGCAGCACGGCGUCCAACGACAGUCCCAUCUACAGCACCAUCAACACAGCCGCUGAGGAUGACCUGCUGGCGUACUACGACACCUACUCCAGUACGUCCUACAACCAAGGACCGGACCCGUACAGCAGCAACCCCGUGCUGUCCAACGCUGGCCUUGUGGGUCUGGAGCUAGACCUGGACCAGUGGACCAUCCAGUCUGGUCAGUCUGGGUCUGAAUAUGCCAAGCUCCAGUAUACUAAGAAAAGCAACGACAAACUGGUAAAGCAGAGGUCAACCGGGUCCACGUCCAGGUCAGCUCCUCUCACCUGGGUGGAUGUGUUGUCGCUGCCCCUUCCUGCCAUUAAAGACCAAGGUCACACAAAGACAGACGAGGAGGAAGAGCAACACAGCUCCGGGGGGGAAGAUGACAACUGGUGUCCUCCCCUGCCGGCCAGAACCUACCUGAUGGACGCUUCCAGGGAGGAACUCUCCAGCCUGCCCUCCAAGCUGCCCUACGCCGCCACGCUGAUGUCGACCCCCCAGCGAGACACCAAGGUCCAGGUUGCCGGGGCGAUCUACCACACCAGCCACUGGGCAGAAGAUUUGAAGGGAGAAAGCCUUGGUAAAGGAAAAUCUUCUGCUCCAGCUGCCGAGUCCAGCCCCGCAGCCCAGGCACACAGAACCAGGAGUAAGAAGAAAACACUCAAGGAUGGACCGCUCCGACGAGAGCUUCACGGCCAAGCAGAACUCCUCCCCCCACCAGCCCCUCCCCCUACAGAUGAGUCCUUGCAGCUCUUGCCUGAUGUUUUGAGUCGCAGCCGAACCGACUCUGAAAGAAAAGAGGGAAGUGAGUCGCUGACUCUCCAGAGGAGGGGAGAACAUUUCCCACCUCAAAGGAGAGGAACCACAAAGUUGUUAUCACAGGAUGAGAAUGUAAUCCCAUACGGACAGCCCAGCUUUCUGCCCCAGGUCCAGAUGUCAGGCUACGGGUCCCUGGGUGGAGGAGUCCUUUCACGACCCGCCACCGCUGGCCGGAGGAGAGACGAGAACCUCACGUAGAUGGACGCCGAUGGCAUGACAUCCUCUUUUCCUCCCGGUUUCCUGUCUUUGCAAAGCAUCAAUCUGUUGCCAUGGUAUCUUCUGAAAAGCUGAAGACUAAAGGAAAAGCGUCAAGGCUAGCUAUCUGCCUUUUUACAAAAAAAGUGUUAAUCUUAAUCAUGUUAUUUUAAUCUUCAAUCUUUCUCCAUGUAUAUAGUAAUCUUAGCAAUUUUUCAAAAAAUUUGAUCAAAUUAUGUAUUAUCAGAAAUUUAUCUGGGGUUUAAAGAAAUACUGUAUUUUUAGGCAUCAGGAAGUUCAUGUAACAAUUACAUUAUUGUACAGCAGAUUAAUGAAUGUAUAUUCUGUUUACUCCUGACCAUGAAACCAUGAUGUGUGUGUGUGUGUUUGAUGAAAACAACUUGGUGUGUCUGUCAGUGUGUUUCUCUUUGUAUCUCAUUGCUGUGUGACUGUACUGUGGCAUCCCUGGAGAUCACCGGUGUGUUAGCUCUGUCAAGAUUAAUUAUUAUUUUUAAACGGCUCAAUAAAACAUUUAUUACAAAAUA